UGCGGUCGUCCCGAGUGCGGCCACUCUCGCCCGCACCGGCCGCCGCGAUGAGAUAAGACGCCUGCGGUCACACACGUCGAGGACCAGCUGUUCGCCAUGACGCCCCAGGUAGCGCUGCUCCUCGCCGUCCUCUUGGCAGGUGUGCCAGGGGGAGGGGCUCGAGGCGGGAAGGGAGCCAAGGGCGCAGGAGGAGGUGUCGGUCGCUAUGGUUACCGCGGCAUCUCCAACUCGGGGGGCUAUGAGAUGACAUGGGAAGAUAUCGUGUUGGCGAUGCAGCUGUCAGCUAUGUGUUUCGGGGCGCUGCUAGCGCUGUGCAUCGUGGCCUGCUGUGCUUACAAGAUCUGUGGGCCAGCUCAGGAGGAGGACUGGGGGUCGCGUUACUCAGUCCUGAAGCCCGCGCCGCGUCUCCCGCCGGAGCUCCUGCGGGAGAUCUACACGCUGCCCACGCCCACCGCCCUCUCGCAGGCCUCCGCCGCCGCGAACCCCUCCACCGCCACCGGCGCGGACGCCACCGGGACUCCGAGCCACCGUGGUGCCAGCGGAGGCAAAGCCUCGGGCGUGACGUGUGCCAAGAUGGAGGGCGGGCCGCGGGUCACUUCGGUGAGUGCCGAGCCUGUACCCAACAGCACCAGGGGCACAGCCACUAGUCUAGCUCACCUGCCCAACGGUCGACCCAGGGGACCCCCUCUCGGCGGGGACACCACCCCGGCCACUCCCCGUAGGCCCGCGACGUCCCAUUCCUCGCGAGGGCCCGUCGCCAAGCCCCCCCGACUUCUAAACUUAGGAGCCAUGCUCGAAGGGCGGCCGCGGCUCCUGACCCUGUCGGCGGUGUCGUCGGCCCGGGCAGCACGUGCGGCGGCAGGUCGAGGCGCGGCCAACAGACUGGCGGCCCACAAUCAACACAGUUCCACCCUUGACCUGGCCCGCGCUGCUGCCACCACCUCCACCCCCAGUCUGUCCCACAGGUCCCUCUCCGAGCCCCAUACUGCGGUGGUCUAGCCGUGUGCCCGGGGUUCUGGGCUGUACGGAGUGGCUGUGUGACCCCACCGUGUGGCCCCUGACCCCUUCAGGCUGUGUACCCCCACCCCCUACCACCCACGCUAACUCAUGUGCACCUUGGAGCCCACACUUCAUGUUCAGGAACAGCAAGCAAGUGGAAUUUCACAAUAUAAAAUAUGCCCCGGUUGCGACGAUAUUGCUAAGGCAGAAAGUGUGCCAGGGGGAGGGGCUGGAGGAAACGACGAUUACCGUUGAUACCGAGGACUCCCUAAUCCGGCAGACUAGGAGAUAACAUGGGAAGAUGUCGUGAUAGGCAUGCAGAUCAUGGUCGUCUACUUUGGUGAUGUUGGCUCUCUUCAUCGUGGCCUACUCUGCCUACAAAUUUUAUCACGCGGACGAAAGUAAGACCUUAGGGCGACUCCAGUUGUCAGCCCUCCUGUUCGAACUCAACAUCUCGAGGAACAGCGUCGCCCCGUGCGCAUCUUGCCUUCGCCGGCACCUCCUCAGACGCCACUGGUCUGACCUUAGCACCGAGCUACCACGCCGAGGGCGAAGAGAAGAUUUGGCGUGAUGCGUAUAAGUGGAGAGCGGAGUGCAAGGCCUUUUGAUGGGCACUUGGCAUGGGAAGUCUCGGCUGCUUUUAUUGGUCCUGCCUUCCUGACUGGAGAAACUUAUUAGUGCAACUGCCUUACAAGAGAAGCCUUCCAAAGGGGGGUAACUCCGGGCAAGAACAUCGCCUGUCAGAUUCAGCCUCCUGCAAGAAACGCACCGCUCUUUUAUCUCAAGUACCGGGAGAGACAUUCAUUGCGGGUGCCUGUUGAUAAGUCUUUCUAAAUAACUGUUUCAUUGGCUUGGGUAACCAGUGUAGAUGAACAAGUAAAGAGGUCUAUGGCCUCUAUGCACCGAUUGUGUGAUUUUUCUCUUUCCUCCCGUGGCUCCGCCCUCAGUCGAUUCACACACCCUUCCCCGACGUAACCUAUGCGCACCUUAGAGCCGACACCUCAUGUACAGUAAAACUCUAAAUGCUCAAUCUAAGGUGCUUCAUGGUUACCUCUGUUCCAGAGAAAGCAAUUCCAGAUUUUGUUUGCUCUCACAGCAGUAUUACUGAAUCGAUAUGAUAAAACAUUUUGAUGUAAACAUCUUUGGUAAAUUUACCUCUGUGUUUUAUGAAUCUCCAUAUGCAUUUUGUGGUUGAUUAUAACCUAGUGAAUAUGUUUUAAUGUACCGGAAUGUGAAAUCAUCAGCAGACAUGAUCGUUGCAACUGAUACAGGGAUAAUUGAUGAUAACUGAAAAGAAAUAAAAUGUGAUCAACUGACACCCUGCAUCAAUCGACCUCAGAACAGGAGCAAACAUGCACACGGAUGUUUGGAAAUAUUUGGUAAGGAAAAUGAGAAAUACAUACCUAUGUAAAUACCUAUACUUACAUAUAUACAUAUACAUACAUGCAUAUAUAUAUGUAUGUAUGUGCGUGUGUGAUCAUAUACAAAAAUAUAUAUAUAUAU